CAAGGGAGGCGUCGCCGCCAGUUCCCAAGGAAACCGGAUUCAACAGUUGGUGCACCUCCGUGUCGGGAGGCCUCCCUGCGCCCCUCCGCGGGCAUGUGUGCCGCCGAGGUGGACCAUCGCGUCGCCGAACGAUACCUGCUCAAGCGGAGGCUCGGGAAGGGGGCCUACGGCAUUGUGUGGAAGGCACUGGAUCGGAGGACCGGCGAGGUUGUGGCCAUCAAAAAAAUCUUUGAUGCCUUCAGGAAUAAGACAGAUGCCCAGAGGACCUUUCGGGAAAUCAUGCUGCUUCAGGAGUUUGGGGACCAUCCCAACAUCAUCCGCCUCCUGGACGUGAUCCAGGCAGAGAAUGACCGGGACAUUUACCUGGUGUUCGAGUCCAUGGACACGGACCUGAACGCCGUGCUCCGCAAGGGCACGCUGCUGAGGGAUGCCCACAAGCGCUACAUCUUCUACCAGCUCCUGCGGGCCACCAAGUUCAUUCACUCAGGACGAGUUAUCCACCGGGACCAGAAGCCAGCCAAUGUUCUUCUGGACGCCAGCUGCUCAGUGAAGCUCUGUGACUUUGGCCUCGCCCGCUCCCUCAGCGGCCUCUCCGAGGGGCCCGAGGGCCAGGCCCUGACAGAGUAUGUGGCCACACGCUGGUACCGAGCUCCGGAGGUGUUGCUGUCCUCGAGCUGGUACACCCCUGGGGUGGACAUGUGGAGCCUGGGAUGCAUCCUGGGGGAGAUGCUGCGGGGGCGGCCCCUGUUCCCCGGCACAUCCACGCUCCACCAGCUGGAACUGAUCUUGGAGGCCGUCCCGCCACCGUCCGAGGAGGAACUCCUGGCUCUCGGCUCUGGCUACAGCGCCUCGGUUCUGCAGCGCCUGGCGGCCCGGCCGAGGCAGACCCUGGAUGCACUCCUGCCGCCGGACACCCCCCCAGAGGCCCUGGACCUCCUCAGGCGACUCCUGGUGUUUGCCCCAGACAAGCGCCUCAGCGCAGCCCAGGCCCUGGAGCACCCCUACGUGGAAAGCUUCCACUGCCCGGCCCGUGAGUGGACACUAGAGGCGGAUGUGCAGCUCCCGCUGCAGGAAGGGGUCCAGCUCUCCGCCGCAGAGUAUCGCCGCCGCCUCUAUCAGGUGAUCCUGGAGCGCAGGCACGAGAGCCGCCUCCCGAGAGAGCCGCCCCGGGCGCCCCCUUUCAAACCCAAGGCCGACCCCCAGCCGCCCUCGGGCUGCCCGGCGUGGCUCCCCGGCCGCCGGCCUCAGAGGGACCCGGCUCCCACCCCCGCGCACCGAGUGAUGGCCGACACCGCCCGCCGCGCCGCUCCCGGGGCCCUUCAGCAGCGCGGGACUCCUAGCCCUGGGGCUUGGUCUCCCGACCCCACAGACGGCCCCGGCGGAGCCAAGAACCGUCCCAGGCGGAGCUCGGCCCCGCUGAACCCGCCUCCGCCCCCAGGAGGCCUCUGCAGAGGGGACGAGCCCCGGGGGGCGGCGGCAGGGCUCCCCUCCUGGGUGAAGCCCGGCGAGAGCGGACUGGCGCCCUCCCUGACCGCGCAGGCCGCUGCCCGGGUGGCCCUCCGGGCCCUGACCCGGAGUGACCGGACACAGGGCGGCGGGGCGGACGCGGCCGGCACGCGACAGGUCCCUCCCCGGCCUCCCCGGGAGGCCCAGCCUGAGCCCCGGCCCGGCCGCAGGAUGUUCAGCGCGGCCGCUUCGCAGGGGGCCCAGGGGGCCGCGCGGGCUGCACUCGGGGGCUACUCCCAGGCCUAUGGGACCGUUUGCCACUCGGCGCUGGGCUGCCUGCCCCUGCUCCCCGGACCCCGCGCCUGAGCCGCCCUGCGCGUCUUCGGCCGGCCUUCCCUGGCCUCUCAGCCCUGUGCCCCUCCCCCAGACCCUAGCGCUCCCCCCCCACCUCCCC